GUCCUAUUCCACUUCCAAUUAUUGGUAACAUUCACCAAAAAAAUGGACAUAGUUUAGGUAAUUGGUACAAAUUAUUGCACAAAAAAUAUGGUGACAUGUUUGAAGUAAAUUAUGCAGGACAACGUACAAUCGUAUUAUGUAGACCAGAUUUAAUUGAAAAUAUGAAUACAACUUCAACAAAAACUAAAUAUCCUAUUAGAUUUAACAAUACUGAAGGACUUGUUGAAUAUGGAAUUAGUGAAGUGGGAAUAGGUCAUAAUAAUGAUCCCAAAUCUUGGAAAUUUAAUCGUCAAUUUUUUUCUCAGUCUAUGUUAACUCCAAGUUUUGAUAAUCAAGCUAUCGAAUGGACAAAUGAAUUAUGGAAAGAAAUGGAAUCUUAUUGGAAUAAACUUGAUGAAAAUCAUGAAUUAGAUCUUACAAAAUGGAUGCAUAGAUUUACAAAUGAAAUUAUUUUUAAAAUUGCAACUGAAAAAUUGAAAGAUGCUGAAGAUUUUGUUCAAUCUGUUGAAAUUUAUAUGGGUGGAAUUGGUUAUUUCUUUGUUUUUAAUAAGUUUAUACGCAAUAAUUUUCCAUUUCUUAAAGAAAAAAUAAAGAGUCUAUUAAAAAAUAAGGAAAAGUUUUUUGGUAGAAUAGAGAAAAUUAUCAAUGAUAGAAGGACUGAAAUUGAGAAUACUCCAUUAGACCAACCGCUUCGUCAUGAUUUGUUAACGUCACAUAUAACCGCAAAUACUCCACGUGAUAUAAAUGUUAUUAAACAUAGUGACGAUGUUGAUAUGUCGAGACCACUGAACGAUAAAGUGAUUUUUGGUAAUAUAUUCGAGUCGAUUAUCGCAGGAACUGACACCUCGGCAAAUAUGCUUUGCUUUAUCGUAUAUUAUCUCGGAAAUCAUCCUGAAGUAACAAAACGAUUACGGCAAGAGUUCGAUGAAGUUUUUGGAAAUGACUUAACAAGACCUAUAACAUAUAAAGAUCUUGAAGAAUUACAAUAUUGUGAUGCAGUUAUUAAAGAAGUAAAUCGUCAUAGUCCUAUAGCUUUUAUGAACGGUCGUGUAAGUACCGAAAGUGAUAACGUUGGAGGAUAUGAAUGGCCAGCAGGAUCUGUAUUUCAAAUGUAUUUUGGUUCAAUAAUGAAAAAUAAAAAUUAUUGGACCGAUCCUGAAAAAUUCGAUCCUGACAGAUUUUAUAAAGUUGAAGAAAGUGAUAAUGAUAAAUAUUUACUUGAAAAGAAAAAAAUUAAAAAUACUUAUUCUAUGUUUGGAGGUGGAAUUAGAAUGUGUCCUGGAAGAAAAUUGGCUACUAUAGAAUUAAAAUGUUUAACGACUUUAAUUUAUAGAAAUUAUGAUAUUGAUUUGGUGGAUAUUAACGCACCACUUAAAUAUGAAUCUGGUUUCAUUAACUCUUGUCGUGAAUUAAUGAUUAAGAUUAAACCAAGGAAAUUCUAA